CGAGUGAUGUCCAAGGAAAGAUGGCGGAAGGAGGAGCGGCGGAUCUGGAAACCCAGAGAGGAGAGGUCGUAGCGCUUCUCAAAACACAGCUACGAAAAGGAGACACUUGGUACCUGGUGGACAGCCGCUGGUUUAAGCAGUGGAAGAAGUAUGUGGGAUACGACAGCUGGGAGAAGCAGCAGAUGGGAGAUCAGAAUGUGUACCCAGGACAUGUGGACAACUCAGGUCUUCUCAGAGAUGGGGAUGUUCUGGCAAUCAAGGAGCAUCUCAUUGAUGAGCUUGACUACAUUCUGGUCCCAACAGAGGGCUGGAAUAAGUUAGUGAGCUGGUAUGGACUGAGCGAGGGACAGGAAGCCAUUUCACGCAAGGUGGUGGAGCAGGGGAUGUUUGUGAAGCACUGCAAGGUAGAGGUGUACCUGACAGAGCUGAAGCUGUGUGAAGAUGGAGACAUGGAGAAUCUGGUUACCAGACGCUUCAGCAAAGCUGACACUAUCGAUGUGAUAGAGAAGGAGAUGAGGAAGUUGUUCAGCAUCCCAGACGAGAGAGAGACACGCCUCUGGAACAAGUACAUGAGCAACACCUUCGAGCCCCUCAACAAGCCAGACAGCACCAUCCAGGACGCUGGUCUGUACCAGGGGCAGGUGCUUGUCAUUGAGCAGAAGAAUGAGGAUGGCAGCUGGCCCAGAGGGACCUCAUCUCCCAGGUCAUCGGGUGCUUCCAGCCUUUCUGCUUUGCCAAAGAUCUCACCUCUCACAAACAACCAUAACAGCAGCUUCAACAGCAGGAAUGUGAAGAAUUCCAGCUACACACUCCCUUCCUACCACCCCUACAACAGCUACGAACUCCCAGACAAAAGCAGAGCAAGCGAGCGGGCGGGACUCUGUGGGCUGUCUAACCUGGGGAACACCUGCUUCAUGAACUCUGCUGUCCAGUGUUUGAGCAACGUGCCUCCGCUGACGGAGUACUUCCUGAAGAACAAGUACAGUGAGGAGCUGAAUGAGGACAACCCUCUGGGCAUGAAGGGGGAGAUUGCCAAGGUGUAUGCAGACCUCAUCAGGCAGAUGUGGGCCGGGCGGUACAGCUACGUCACCCCCAGACCUUUUAAGGUGAUCACUCCGUCUGAGCUUACCCAGGUGGGGCGCUUCGCCCCCCAGUUCUCUGGUUACCAGCAGCAGGAUUCCCAUGAGCUCCUGGCCUUCCUAUUGGACGGUCUCCACGAGGAUCUGAACCGCAUCCGAAGGAAGCCCUACAUCCUGCUAAAGGAUGCGGACGGACGUCCCGACAAGGUGGUUGCUGAGGAGGCCUGGGAGAACCAUAUCAAGAGGAACGACUCCAUCAUCGUGGACAUCUUCCACGGUCUCUUCAAGUCUACGCUGGUCUGUCCUGUCUGCUCCAAGGUGUCCGUCACCUUCGACCCCUUCUGCUACCUGACCCUGCCACUGCCCAUGAAGAAGGAGCGGACGCUGGAGGUCUACCUGGUCAGGCUGGACCCCAUGACCAAGCCCACACAGUACAAGAUAACAGUGCCCAAGGUGGGUUACAUAUCUGACCUGUGCAUGUCGCUGUGCAGUCUGUCUGGAGUUUCAUCUGACAAGAUGAUUGUGACGGACAUCUACAGCCAUCGCUUCCAUCGCAUCUUUGCCACCAGCGAAAACCUCAGCAGCAUCAUGGAGAGAGACGACAUCUACGUGUUUGAGGUUAGCGUGAGUCGGGCGGAGGAUGCGGACCAUGUGGUGAUUCCGGUGUACCUGAGGGAGAAGAACAAGCAGUUGGGCUACAACCACACCAGCACUCCUCUGUUUGGACUGCCCUUCCUGCUCUCUGUCCCGCGCUGCCUCAGAGAGGACCAGCUGUACAGCAUGCUGCUGCUACGCCUGGGGCGUUUCCUGCGUUCAGUCGCUCCUCAGGAUGGAGAGGAGCACGUUGUCAACGGCAACACCACCAACGGGAUCCUGGAGGAGGGUUCCCCUAGUGAGAUGGAGACUGACGAGCAGGACGAGGAGUCCAGCCAGGACCAGGACCUGCCCUCCGAGAACGACAAUAGCCAAUCAGAGGACUCAGUGGGUGGGGACAAUGAGCUGGAGAAUGGGAUUGGUCCUGAGAGCACAGGGCAGCACACGGUGCAGAAGAAGCGUCUCUUUACAUUCCAAUUCAACAACAUGGGCAAGACGCAGCUCAGCUCCCUGCAGGACGAGCCCAGGCAGAUACGCUUCGACGAGGGCCACCUGCGCCUCAGUGACCGUUCCUACCUCUCUCUUGACUGGGAACCGGAGGUCAAGAAGAAAUACUUUGAUGAGAGUGUUGCAGAGGACUUUGAGAAGCACGAGAGCAUGGAAUACAAGCCCCAGAAGAAGGCAUUCUUCAAGCUCAGAGACUGCAUCGACCUGUUCACCACCACAGAGAAGCUGGGAGCUGAAGACCCCUGGUACUGUCCCAGCUGUAAGCAGCACCAGCAGGCCAGUAAGAAGCUGGACUUGUGGGCUCUGCCCCCUGUGCUGGUGGUGCAUCUGAAGCGCUUCUCAUACAGCCGCUACAUGAGGGACAAGCUGGACGCCCUGGUGGAGUUCCCUCUCAGAGACCUGGACAUGUCCGAGUUCCUCAUCAGCCCCAACACCGGGCCCUGUCACUACGACCUCAUUGCUGUCUCCAACCACUACGGAGGGAUGGGAGGCGGCCACUAUACAGCCUACGCUAAGAACAAGGAUGAUGACAAGUGGUUCAACUUUGAUGAUAGCAGUGUGUCAACUGCCAACGAGGACCAGAUAGUGUCCAAAGCAGCAUAUGUGCUGUUUUACCAGCGGCAGGACACAGUGAAAGGAACAGGCUACUUUGAACUGGAUCGCGAAGAGGAAGAGGAGGAGGAGAGAGAGGAAGAGGAGGAGGAGAGAGAGGAAGAGGAGGAGGAGGAGAGGAGUGCAUCUGCUCAGGGAGCCACAGCUGCCAGUGAUGAGGAAGACGUGAACGACAACAAGAAGGAGGAGGAGGAGGAGGAGGAGGAGGAGGAGGAGGAGGAAGAAGAAGAGGAGGAGCCUAGUUUUGAUGUCACCAUGAAAUCUAACUGAGAUCCGUCCAGACAGAAAUGUGAAGCUACAGAGUCAGGGUGUGGCUGCCUGACAUGCUGGCCAACUGGGUCACCCGGGGGUCAGAGAAUGCUCCAGCCAGUCAGGACAGAGCGGUUUAGGGUCACUGUGUCUCCAACUCCAUCUUAGACGAGUCUGACUUCCUGGAAUAGUGUGAUUCUGAGCCCAGUCAGGAACUACAGUUCCUCCUGCCACAGUUCAUCAUGCAUAUCAUUAGGAGGAUUACAUUUUCAUGAUGAUUUCAUUAUGAAUUACUUCAUGUAUGUCAUUUGAAAGAAUACUGAAUAAUUAUUAUUGUUUUCAUAAUGCAGACACAUUUUUGAACUUUUCGUGCUUUGUUUUCUAUCACCCCCACAUCCCCUCUCUCUUUCACAGUGAUACACGUCCCCUCUGUUUCACAGUGAUACACAUCCCCUCAGUUUCACAGUGAUACACAUCCCCUCUCUUUCACAGUGAUACACAUCCCCUCUCUCUUUCACAGUGAUACACAUCCCCUCUCUCUUUCACAGUGAUACACAUCCCCUCUGUUUCACAGUGAAACACAUCCCCUCUGUUUCACAGUGAUACACAUCCCCUCUGUUUCACAGUGAUACACAUCCCCUCUCUUUCACAGUGAUACACAUCCCCUCUCUCUUUCACAGUGAUACACAUCCCCUCUCUCUUUCACAGUGAUACACAUCCCCUCUGUUUCACAGUGAAACACAUCCCCUCUCUUUCACAGUGAUACACAUCCCCUCUCUCUUUCACAGUGAUACACAUCCCCUCUGUUUCACAGUGAAACACAUCCCCUCUCUGUUUCACAGUGCUACACAUGCUAUGUUGACUAGUUGUGUUGAGGCUGUGAGGUCAGAGCUUGUCUGGUGAGGCUGCAGCCCACAGCAGCAGGACACUGCCUCCAGGACGCUGCCUCCAGGACGCUGCCUCCAGGACACUGCCUCCAGGACGCUGCCUCCAGGACGCUGCCUCCAGGACGCUGCCUCCAGGACACUGCCUCCAGGACGCGGCCUCCAGGACGCGGCCUCCAGGACGCGGCCUCCAGGACGCGGCCUCCAGGACGCGGCCUCCAGGACGCGGCCUCCAGGACGCGGCCUCCAGGACGCGGCCUCCAGGACGCGGCCUCCAGGACACUGACCUCUAUCAUGUCAACAGCCAAACAAUACUGCUGCUGGUACUGCUUUGAUUGUGCAUUUUAGACACAUAACAAAUGUAUGAAUAAUAAGCCUUAUGUUGUUAAUGUCUUCUGUGUUCUCAAGGCCCUACAGCUGGUGGGUCUCUUGGGUUAGAUAGCUUUAACAGGGUUGUUCUCUGCCCUGUCCACCCCUCCCUGCUCUCUCAGUGGAACAGUCAAUUCCUGUUAUAGUGAUGAGACAGAAGAUAAUUUCUUGGCAUAGUGAUGAGACACCAGGUCACUUCCUGUAACAGUGAUGACACCAGAUCUCCUCCGCCUUAAAAUCUAAAUCUCACUCGAGCCUUUUCUGUGUGCUUUACAUUAUGCUUGUCUGUCAGCAGGGCCCUCACACACACACGCAUGUGUGCAUGCAACAUGAUACGCCACACACAUGCUUUCUAUCAAGGCCUAUAUACAUUCUAGCAACUCUUUUUUCAAAGCCAUUCAAGCCUAUUUUCUUGCUUUGGUUGAAUGUGAUGGGUAGUAGUGGCUACAUGCAUUUAAUGUGGGCGGUGGGGGUCCUGUCCUUCCCUGGGGGAUCCUGGGUGUCCUGUCCUUCCCUGAGGAUCCUGUCCUUCCCUGGGGGUCCUGUCCUUCCCUGAGGGUCCUGUCCUUCCCUGUGGGGUCCUGUCCUUCCCUGGGGGGUCCUGUCCUUCCCUGGGGGGUCCUGUCCUUCCCUGAGGGUCCUGUCCUUCCCUGGGGGGUCCUGUCCUUCCCUGAGGGUCCUGUCCUUCCCUGGGGGGUCCUGUCCUUCCCUGGGGGGUCCUGUCCUUCCCUGGGGGUCCUGUCCUUCCCUGGGGGUCCUGUCCUUCCCUGAGGGUCCUGUCCUUCCCUGGGGGGUCCUGUCCUUCCCUGGGGGGUCCUGUCCUUUCCUGGGGGGUCCUGUCCUUCCCUGAGGGUCCUGUCCUUCCCUGGGGGGUCCUGUCCUUCCCUGAGGGUCCUGUCCUUCCCUGGGGGGUCCUGUCCUUCCCUGGGGGUCCUGUCCUUCCCUGAGGGUCCUGUCCUUCCCUGGGGGGUCCUGUCCUUCCCUGGGGGUCCUGUCCUUCCCUGAGGGUCCUGUCCUUCCCUGGGGGGUCCUGUCCUUCCCUGGGGGGUCCUGUCCUUCCCUGAGGGUCCUGUCCUUCCCUGGGGGGUCCUGUCCUUCCCUGAGGGUCCUGUCCUUCCCUGGGGGGUCCUGUCCUUCCCUGGGGGGUCCUGUCCUUCCCUGGGGGGUCCUGUCCUUCCCUGAGGGUCCUGUCCUUCCC